AUGUCUUCCACAUCGCAAAAGCAUCGGGAUUUUGUGGCUGAGCCUAUGGGAGAGAAGUCUGUUCAGUGUGUUGCUGGUAUUGGUGAAGUACUAGGACAGAGGCUCGGCGAUAAAGGCUUUGAUAAGGCUUAUAUUCUCUUAGGUCAGUUCCUUGUGCUGAGGAAGGAUGAAGAACUCUUUAAGGAUUGGCUAAAAGAUACAUGUGGAGCCAAUGCAAAGCAGGGAAGAGAUUGCUAUGGAUGCCUUAAAGAAUGGUGUGAUGCCUUCUUGUAA